CGUAACGCGCUCUGCCAUUUGACUGCGCAUUAUCACUAUGGGGAGUUAACGUGAUGUUAAUGUCAGUGUUUCUUUUACAUUUUGUGAACUCUUCUAGCCUGUGAACUGUGGUUAGGUUAGCUCUUGAAGAAGUCUCUGACAUUUGAAGCCAUGAGGCGGAGUAAGGCUGAAGUGGACCGCUACGUUUCCUCCGUACAGAGUUCCUCUCCUUCACUCAAAGAGAAGCCGGUCAAAGGAUUUCUAUUUGCAAAACUGUACUUUGAAGCAAAAGAAUAUGAACUUGCAAAACGGCAUGUAUCGGAGUAUCUCAAAGUGCAGGAGAGGGAUCCCAAAGCACACAAGUUCCUGGGACAGCUCUAUGAAAGAGACGGAGAGAUCAACAAGGCAAUCGGUUGCUACAAGCGCUCGGUGGACUUGAACCCGGUGCAGCGAGACCUGGUGCUGAAAGUUGCCGAGCUGUUUGUUGGUAAGGGAGACUGCGACAGCAGAGCCGAGUUCUGGGUGGAAAAAGCUGCAAAGCUCAUGCCUGGAAACCCAGAAGUCUUCAACUUAAAGGAGCGCCUGUUGAGCCGCCAGGGCCAGCAGGGCUGGAACCAGCUGUUCGACCUCCUGCAGGCCGAGCUGGCAGCCCGGCCGGCCGACGCUCUGGUGAAUGUGAAGUUGGUUCAGCUGUUUUGCCAGGACGGUCGGCUGGACGAGGCCGUCAAACAUUGUCUGGCUACUGAGAAAAAGGGCUUGCUGCGCAACAGUCUGGACUGGUACAACGUGCAGCUGAGCACGUUACAGGAGUAUCUGGCUCAGCCCAGCGUUUCAAAUAAUGAGAAGAUGUGUCGACGUCUCCAAAGAGAAGUGCUGCUGGCGCACUGCAGCCUGCUGCGAAUCAGACUGUCUGAGAGCGGCGUGCAGCCAAGCGUCGACGCAUUCAGAAGUUUCGACCAAGCUAUGCAGUCGCUGAGCGGCGUCGCCGCACGCUUUGCCGAUGAGCUCUUCGAGGUGUUUGUGGAGAUGAGGGCUCACCUGUACCUGCAUGCCGCCACGCUGCUGCUGAAAAUGGCUCAGGACCGGCUGCACACCUGGAGAGCCGUCACCGACCUGGCCGCGCUCUGCUACCUGCUGGCAUACCAGGCUCCCAGACCAAAGACUAAAGUGACCAAAAGGGACCAGUCGGCGCCGCAGCUGCUGGAGCUGCUGGCCAGCGACCGGCAGAGUCAGGCGGGCCACAUGCUGUUCAACCUGAGCGCCGACACCUUUGCUUUGAUAAGAGAGGUGGUGGAGGUGUUUGGGAACCGUAGUGGUCAGGAGUCUCUGUUCGAGCUCCUCUGGGGUCCGCAGGGUUCCUCCGCGUCCUCGUUUAUCGCCAACGACGACAUUCACUCGCUCAGCUCUCUGGCUCCAGAGCUCUCCAAACUGGUCAAGUGGGACUCGGGCUCCAUCUUGCUGCACGGCGGGGAGCUGCAGCAUCUGAGCUGGCUGGGGCUGCAGUGGACGCUGCAGGACCAGAGGCCGCCCAUGCGCGACUGGCUGCAGCAGCUGUUUCCCAGGCUGACGCUGGAAACGUCCAAGCUGGACACCAACGCGCCGGAGUCGAUCUGCCUGCUGGAUCUGGAGGCGUUUUUAUGCGGCGUGGUUUUCUGCAGCCACUGUCAGCUUCAGGACACGGCGAAGAUCAACCGUAGUUUGAGUCCAGGGCAGCAGCAGCAGCUGUUCGAGCCUCGCUGCCUUCCUCUUCCUCUGCUCCGCCUCCUCGCCACGCAGCGACAGAGAGAGUGGUGGGACGCCGUCUACAGCCUCAUCCACAAACGAGCCCUACCCGGUACGUCGGCCAAACUGCGCAUGGUUGUGCAACACGGCCUGAACACGCUGAGGGCCGGAGAGAAACACGGGCUUCAGCCGGCGCUGAUGAUCCACUGGGCUCAGAGUCUGAGCCAGACGGGCGAUGGAAUGAACUCUUAUUACGAUCAGAAGGAGUACGUUGGCCGCAGCGUCCACUACUGGCAGGUUGUGAUGCCGUUGCUGGAGAAAAUAAAAAGCCGGCGAAGCAUACCAGAACCGCUGGACCCUCUCUUCAUACACUUCGCCUCUAAGGACAUCCAGAUUUCCACUGUGAAAGGUUAUGAAGACGAAGCGAAAAUCACGUACGCCGUUCUUCUGGACAUCGAAGGCAGAACUGAGGAGGCGAUCGCGACUUUAGAAAGCGUCAACAACUUGUCAUCCAUCUGGCAUUUAGCACAGAUUUAUCAGCGGCUGGCAGAGGAGGCCAGCAAUGGCUUGGAGGAGACCCAGGACAGGUGUCUAACUUUCCUCAGGAAGUUCAGGAACUACUUGUCAAAAAUCUACAACGCCAAUGCGGACGACAUCGAAAGGCUUCCCGUGUCCAUGGAGGAAGUGCUGGACCUCCUGAACGACGUAAAUCAGCAGCUUGGCGAAACUCAGGAGGACAUGGAAGAGGAGCAGGAAAUGAACCUUCGGCGAGGACCGACUCACUCCAGUCCGGCUCGUCUCACAGAAACCAGCGCCACCAUUUCGCACAUCAAGUUUGCUUCUCUGUCUCCGAGCAAAAGCAUCGUUUCUCCUUCCAAAAGACUGAUUUCACCAAAGACGCCGCCUCAUUGGAUUGAAGACCAGAAAAGUCUCCUUCAGAUGUUAUGUCAGCAAGUAGAAGCCCUCAAGAAUGAGGUUCAUGAUCUCAAACACAACGCGUCAGUGAACUCCAGCUCGCCUCGCCAUAAGUAUGGAGACGCCUUCAGAGCCGAGAGCUUGCAGGAGUCGUUCACCCCGGUCCAGUCCUACCAUGGAGCCCCUCUGACUGUUGCCACCACAGGCCCUCCUGUUUAUUACAACCAGACUCCUGCCUACAACUCCCAGUAUUUACUGCGGACAGCGGCAAAUGUAACCCCCACCAAGGGUCCAGUGUAUGGGGUGAACCGUAUGCCCCCACAGCAGCACAUGUAUGCCUACCAGCCGCCCACGCACACGCCUCCGCUGCAGACCGCCCCGUCCUGCAUCUACCCUCCACAGGAGCAUGUCUUUGGUUCCCCUCUUCGGUUUGAAUCUCAAGCCACUGGUCUUCUCUCUCCGUACAGUGAAGAAUUUUAUGGCCCGAACGUCGCCCAGCAGACUAACCCCACGCUCCCUGAACCUGGCUACUUCACCAAGCCCUCUGUCGCCCCCGUUCAACCACCAAAGGCCGUCGAGGGGAAGCCUGUGGACUUUGGGAAGCUUUCCUUUAGCCAGCAGGCUGCAGCUGAAGUGCCCAGAGUGCCAAAUUUUGGAGCAGGGGCAAUUGGCCCAGCUACAACUUCACCUGCUUUUAAAUUCAAUUGUUUUCCGAAAUCCUCUGAGAGAGAUUUAAAUUUCUGUUCACCCCAAACCAAGCAAAGUGAAAGUUUACUCGGCCUCCUCACUUCAGAUCUCCCCGCAAAACCCGACUCGUUUCCAGAGAAGCCACCGGCCCAAGAGCAGCCCCCAGGCCACCAGAGCAUCUUCACCUUUGGGAAUAAAAACAUAAGCAGCUUCUCGUUUGCAGAUUCCACUCCAAACGCAUCAGCUGGAGGUCUCUUUGCGAAGCCUGAACAACCGUUUAAGUUUGGUGAAAUAACAGCGUAUGGCAUCGGCAAGACAUCGGAGCUGGAGAAGGCCGCGGAGAGCGACGAGAGCACACAUGCUGAAGAGGACGAAGACGGUCCCCACUUUGAACCGAUCGUCCCUCUUCCUGAUAAGGUGGAUGUGAAAACAGGUGAAGAAGAAGAGGAGAUGUUCUGCAACAGAGCAAAGCUGUACCGAUUCGACACGGAGACAAAAGAAUGGAAAGAACGAGGAAUUGGAAAUAUUAAGAUUCUGAAACACAACACUAAAGGGAAGGUCCGCCUCCUGAUGAGAAGAGAGCAGGUCCUUAAGAUCUGUGCAAAUCACUACAUCACUGCAGACAUGCUGCUGAAACCCAACGCCGGCUCGGACAAAUCCUGGGUGUGGAACGCCAUCGACUAUGCGGAUGAAGAGCCUAAACCUGAACAGCUGGCGAUUCGCUUCAAAACUGUGGAUGAGGCGGCUCUUUUCAAAGCCAAGUUUGAGGAAGCCCAAAAGGUGACGAGCAAAUCACCGGAAAAGCAAAAACAGCAAGAGAAGAAAGAGGAAACCUCCAAAGACUUGGGUUUACUGGCGUCUCGGUUCGCUCUUAAAGAAGGAGAGUGGGAGUGCGCCGUGUGUGAUGUACGAAAUAAAGCAACGGCUGUGCAGUGUGCAGCAUGUAACACUCCCAAUCCACAGUCUUCAUCUAAACCAGAACUUCCAGCUACUACUGAUGCCAAAACCAGCCCAUUUAGCUUCAAGUUUGGUACAGAUUCAUCAAAGCCCAGUGGUUCAACCUCGACAUUUACAGGAUUUGGUGCUUUUGGAACUUCAUUACCGUCCUCUUUUACAUUCGGGAUGAGCUCCUCAAAACCUACCGACAAACCGGCUAGUCCGUUUGGUUUCAGCUUUAGUUCACAAAUUCCCACAAAGCCAGAGCAGUGGGACUGUGGCAAGUGUUCUGCAAAGAAUGAAGCAUCAACAGACAGUUGUGCUUCUUGUAAAACUCCUAAAUCUACAGUCAAAACAGUCGAGAUGGCACAAAUUGUUCCAGCACCGGAAGCUCCUGCUGCACAGUCCUCUGUACCUGCAAUUGAUGCUGGAUUUGCUGCACGCUUCAGCAAAAAGCCAGGACAGUGGGACUGUGAUGUUUGUGAAGUGAGAAAUGAAGCCUCGGCAGACAAAUGUGUUUCCUGUCAAACUCCAAACCCAGCUUCAAAAUCAUCCACUGUGGCUCCAGCUGCUCUUGCUGCACCUGCUGCUCCUGCGGGGUCAGGGUUUCUGGCAGAUCUUGCCAUGAAAGACGGACAGUGGGAUUGCAACAUCUGCUUGGUUAGAAAUGAAGGGUCAGCAGCUCAGUGUGUUUCCUGCCAGUCUCCAAAUCCAAAUCCUUCUUUAGAGGCCAUGUUUGGCAAGAAGGAAGGAGAAUGGGACUGUGACGCUUGUCUCGUGAGAAAUAAGGCCUCUUCCAAUGAAUGUGUGGCUUGUAAAACCUCAAACCCUAAUGCUAAAAGCACAGUCACAUCUGCUGCUUCGGCCUCAUCUUUCAGUUUCAACUUUGGAACCACAAAUUCAUCCAACCAGGCUGCUGGACCUGCAUUUACUUUUGGGAGCAGUGGUGCUUUUCAGUUUGGACAAAAUAAAGACAAAGCUUCAGCAUCUGCAUUCAAGUUUGAAGCUCCUCCGGCUGCGCCCGCCACCACAACCUCCUCUGGAUUCUCUUUUUCGAUGCCCAUCCCAGCUGGCGGCUUCAAGUUUGGCCUUCAGGACUCUGCAACAGGUUCAGCCUCUUUUAAUAAUCAAACUUCAACAGGGUCUGCUUCCAGUAUUCUUAAAAACAUGGCUGACAAACACAAGGAGAAAGAAAAUGUCCCUACGCCUUCCAUAGACCAAACGGAAAAAGAUGAAAAUCCUUUAAUUGCUGGAAAAGCCGAUACGUUCAGUUUCGCAGACUUGGCCAAGUCCUCCGAAGGAACCUUCCAGUUUGGCCAGAAAGAUCCCAACUUCAAAGGUUUCUCGGGAGCAGGGGCGCAGCUAUUCGCAUCGCCACAGACGACCCCUACCAAGGCAGAGGCCUCAAACGAACUGGAAGACGACGGCAUGUAUAAAACAGAAGAACAUGACGACAUCCAGUUUGAACCAGUGGUCCAGAUGCCUGACAAAGUGGACCUAGUGACUGGUGAGGAAGAUGAGCAGGUCCUCUACUCCCAGCGUGUCAAACUCUUCCGAUUUGACUCCGGCACCAGUCAGUGGAAGGAACGUGGUGUAGGAACCCUGAAGUUCCUUAAAAAUAACACAAAUGGCCGGCUGAGAGUUCUAAUGAGAAGGGAUCAAGUUCUGAAGGUUUGCGCCAACCACUGGAUCACCACCACAAUGAACCUUAAGCCGCUGGCUGGCUCAGACAAAGCCUGGAUAUGGAUGGCCAAUGACUUCUCCGAUGGAGAUGCUAAACUCGAACAGCUGGCAGCCAAAUUUAAAACCACGGAGCUAGCAGAGGAGUUCAAAGAGAAGUUUGAGGAAUGUCAGAGACUUCUUUUGGAUAUCCCUCUGCAGACGCCUCACAAACUGAUGGACACUGGUCGAACGGCUCACCUCAUCAAGAAAGCAGAGGAGAUGAAGUCCGGUUUAAAAGACUUGAAAUCAUUUUUGACGGACGAGAAGACGAAAAUCCAAGACGACGAAGUGCAGGGAGACGUUACUGCCGCAAGCGAACUUUCCAGUUUAGGAAUCAGGCCUCUUGGGGAAAGAAUUAUCCCACUCCAAGGACCGACCUUGGAGUGGGAUAACUACGACCUACGGGAAGAAGCCUUGGAUGACACUGCUGACUCAUCCAUCUACACCACCCCCGUUUCAAGCAGCCCCCUAAGGAAGAACCUCUUCCGCUUCGGAGAAUCCACAAGUGGGUUCAGCUUCAGUUUCCAACCUGGCAUCAGCCCAUCCAAGUCUCCUGCGAAGCUCAACCUGAGUAGAGCAUCAGUGGGUACCGACGAGGAACAGGAUACAACUCAGGACGAAGAGCGAGACGGACAGUACUUUGAACCUGUCGUACCUUUGCCUGACUUGGUUGAGAUUUCUACUGGAGAGGAAAAUGAGCUGGUGGUCUUCAGCCACAGAGCCAAGCUGUACCGCUAUGACAAAGAGGUGAAGCAGUGGAAGGAGAGGGGCAUUGGAGACCUCAAGAUCCUGCAGAGUUAUGAGACCAAACGUGUGAGGUUAAUAAUGAGGAGAGAUCAGGUGCUCAAGCUCUGUGCCAACCACUGGAUCUCAGCCGCCAUGAGGCUGGAGCCCAUGAAGGGGGCAGAAAAGGCCUGGGUCUGGAGUGCGUUGGAUUUUGCCGAAGAAGGAGAGGGAAAAGUUGAGCAGCUGGCUGUGAGGUUUAAGAUGCAAGAGACUGCAAAUACAUUCAAACAAGUCUUUGAAGAGGCAAAGGCAGCGCAGGAAAAAUCAGAACUCAUGACUCCUGUGACGCCAAGACUCUCAGCACCAUCAGAAAGUGGAUCGUCAGCAGCAUCUGAUAGCACAUCUACAUCUCUUUGUGGGCAAGCAGCUAUUGCUGUUCUGGAAGAAACGACACGGGAACGUACAACAACUUCUGCGGGCGCCAGGUCGACUGAAGCUGGGUCUCAAAGUCCUGUCAAUCCUCUGAAGACUGUGGUGUCUCCACCGAAGUUUGUGUUCGGCUCUGAUUCUGUUCAGAAGAUUUUUGGCUCUCCUAAGUCAGACUCCCAAGCAUCUGCAUCUGUGUCGGGUUUGACGGCCAAAGAUGGUGGAAACGCAGUCAAGCCUACAAUUCCUGCGCCAGCAUUCAAAAUGGAUACAGGGCUGGAUUUUAGGCUUUUCAAAGAUAACCCAAUGGCCUUUUGGACCAGCACAUCCACCGUCCAAUUUGAAAGCCCAGGCUCUCCUCAGGCAGCGGCGGGAGCGUCCAGUUUGGGUUCGGAUGACAACUCCGAUGUGGAGAUAGUUUUCGUCAGAGAGCCCACAGCUGAGCAGGCGGCUUUAGCCAGGAAGCUCUUGCUGCCUCUCACCUUCUUCUGCUACAAGAACGAGCCAGGCUACACCAGCGAUGAUGAACCCGAUGAUGAGGACUUUGAGUCGGCUGUAAGAGCCUUGAAUGGAAAGCUCUACCCAGAUCCUCCUGAAGCAGCAGCAGCAGUCUGUGCUGAGGAGCCAGACUGCCAGUUUGUUUGGGAGAAGAAACCAACGCCAGAGGAAGAGAAGCGGGCGAAGAGCCUCCUGCUUCCCCCGACGUUCUUCUGCGGCCUGAGCGCCACAGACAGCGACCAGGACAGCGAGGAGCCUGAAGACUUUGAGACGGAGCUACGCAAAGCCCAACAAGACCUGGUGGCCCAGUUGAACAGAGGUGAGCCGGUCUCCACCGACGCUACAGAACCCUCACAGUCCUCGGCCUCAGCCCCGUCGACCAGCAGAGCAGAACUUGCGGACGGCAGACCCACCCCAGACGAUCAGCCAGGAGAAAAACCCACAAACACUCGGAGUGAAACUCCCAGCAGCAGCAGCUCUCCCAUCGACCUGUCCACUAAGAAGAGCCCAGAACCAGAGUCCAGAACCACAGCUGCUCAAGAUUUUUCCUCCUUUGGCUUCAACACAGUCUCUGGGUUUUCGUUUGCUGACCUCGCCAAAAACACAGACGGAUUCGCUUUUGGAUCUAAAGAUGCCAAUUUCUCCUGGGCGAAUGCCGGAGCGACUGUGUUUGGAGCUGCGGCUCCCACUGAGGCUAAAAACAUGGCCGCCGACGAGGGAAGUGAUGAAGAGGAGGCCUCCAACAACGUGGAUAUCUACUUUGAGCCCAUCGUUUCUCUACCUGAGGUGGAGACGAAAUCUGGUGAAGAAGAUGAGGAAAUCUUAUUUAAAGAGCGAGCCAAGCUCUACCGAUGGGACCGCGACCUCGCCCAGUGGAAGGAGCGCGGCAUCGGAGACCUCAAGAUCCUCUUCCACCCGACCAAACACUUCUACCGGAUUCUGAUGCGAAGAGACCAGGUGCUGAGGGUUUGUGCCAACCACACCAUCUCAGAGUCCAUGGAGCUGAAACCCAUGAACACCUCCGCCAACGCGCUCGUCUGGACCGCCACCGACUACUCAGAUGGUGAAGGUGUGGUGGAGCAGCUGGCAGCCAAGUUCAAAACCUCAGAGAUAGCCGAGUCGUUCAGGAAAACCUUCUGCGAAUGUCAGAGCCGCAGCGGCCAAACCGGAGACGAGGCCUCGGCGGCCUCUGCGCUGUCCAGAGUGCAGGAACACUCCAGAGACACGAACCCACUGGUGUUCCUCAGGGUGGCAGCCGACGGCGAGCCGCUGGGCUCCAUCACCAUCGAGCUUUUCUCUCACAUCGUCCCCAAAACGGCGGAGAACUUCAGAGCGCUGUGCACCGGAGAGAAAGGCUUCGGCCUGCAGAACUCCAUCUUCCAUCGGGUCAUACCGGACUUCAUGUGUCAGGGAGGCGACAUCACCAAAAGCGACGGCACCGGCGGCAAAUCCAUCUACGGCGCCGCGUUCGAGGACGAGAACUUCGACGUCCGGCACACGGGGCCGGGCAUCCUGUCGAUGGCGAACCGUGGGCGGGACACCAACAACUCGCAGUUCUUCAUAACGCUGAAGAAAGCGGAACAUUUGGAUUUCAAACACGUGGCGUUCGGCUACGUGCGGGACGGGAUGAGCGUGGUGCAGCGGAUGGGAGAGCUGGGCACCAAGGGCGGGGCUCCCGCCAAGAAGCUGGUCGUCACAGAGUGCGGACAGCUGUAGCUGCUCGGGUGGGAAGAUCCAAACCGUUUGGGUCGGAAUGAAGUCGACUAUGAGCUGGGAAAACUGUGAGGUCUAAAGCAUUUCCUGGAUGAUUUGGGAACCUCAGUGGCGUCGCGUUGGUGGGAAGCAACAUCACUUCAUCACUGCUGUUGCAUUUUAAUCAUUUCUCAGAUGUUUAUUUUUUGUGUGUAUAAUUGUAAAUGGAACACUCGUCUUUGUUUAUCUCUGUGAAUGUGUCGUCCCACUUUUUUAUUUUUUAUUUUUCUUUGAGGGAUUAUUAAACAUACUUCAGCUUUGCUUGGUUUGUUUCCACCACCACAGACGUACGUUUCCCUGUUUGGUUUUCUUUCAGUGAAAUUAAUUCACAGUGCAGAUAAUUGGACUUUCUCCAACUGAAAUAAUCUCACUCCAGAGAUUAUUAGUUGGGGAUUCAGCAUCUGUACAGAUUGAGAUUACCAAGAAAAGUUGCUUGUUCUGGAAUAAUUUCCUGAUGAUUGAGAAAUAAAUUUGCUUUACACGUAAUGCGUGGUUCUCAUGUUUGUAAUUAUAAUUUUGGGUUAAUUGCUGAUUUUCAUCAGUGAAAACAUUUUGAUGACUGUUUUCCACUACAGUAUGUUCUAUCACAAAACAAAAUUUUAUAAACUGAUCUUAACUGUGACAAAAUGUGAAGGACUUGGUGGGAUAUGGAGACAUUUAUAUGGAAAUGUUCAAGCUCGAGUUGUUUCCUCUCACUAUUACAAUUAUAAUUCAUACGGAAGAGGAUUAUAACUUUAAUCUGACAUGCAAAAGAAAAUUUAUCUUGGGAAUUUGAAAUUCAACUUUUCUAACUAUGUAAAUUACCCUAUUGGCUAACUGGUUCACAUUAGAGCUUUAACUACACCUUUAGUUGUGAUGUUGGAAAGCUGCAGUUGAAUAAAUAUUUAAAAUGGUGUCAAAAACUGUUGGAUUUGGGGACGUUUUACCAGAGCCGUUCCAUUGGAGGUUGCUUGAGAAAAUGUCAGAAAAUUCUGAGAUUAAAGUAUUUUUUCCACUGGC